AUGUCGCUCAUUACCGGUGAUAUCUGUCUCACGAGGCUUUGGGAGGACUCCCAGACACCUGGUGAUGAAGGAGCUGUGGCCAGGCUGUGGAGCCAUCUGUUCAUGAAACAUCUCUUCUCCGGAAAAGACUGGGUUGUAUUCUAUAGGCCCACGCCAGAUAAUUGUCCCCGUCAACGACUGGAUAUUACCAUAGAGCAUUAUAAUAUACGUGGUGCCAAUGUCGAUGUCGAUGUCGAUGUUGACGUGGAUAUGAUGGCAUUUUGCGUUUAUGAACCUGUGGCGAUGGAUCCCAGACUUCAGGAUCUUGAUGGGCUUAUGAGACAUGCAUUCACAGUCUGUAUGGCCUAUCUUCUAAGUCACCAUAAUUUGUCAAGAGUGUACGCAUUCACGGCAUUUGGUACUAAGUGUAGAGUAUGGUCUUGCUCAAGGGAGGAUGAAUGGCUGGAGCCGCUGUUUGGCUCGGUGGAUGGGUCUGAUUCUCGAGGUUACGUUGAUAUCCACUCGCCUGAGGCUUCCCGUAUCAAUGGAAUUGUCCAGUGGAUGAAGAAUGAAUGCGGAGCCUAUGAUCAUGAUAAACUGUUAGCAGAAGGUGACUCCUGUAUCCACCAUCAAGGCUUUUGA